AUGGGAUCUGGUUUCAGCGGCUGCGUCCGGCAACAAAGUCCAAAUAGGUCCAAAGACGGUGAGGCAAUACCUUUCAACAACCCUUCAUCCACUGUUCAGAGCUCCAACACAGCGUUUGCUCUGGACCUUUACCGUACACUGAGUGAAAACCAUGCAGAUGGAAACAUAUUCUUCUCCCCUCUGAGCAUCAGUUCAGCUCUGGCCAUGGUCUACCUGGGGGCCAAAGGAGACACCGCCGAACAGAUAGCAAAGGUAGCCCUAUGCCAGCAUGCACUCUCACACAAACAAACACACACACACACACACACACACACACACACACACAAGCAACCGAUUUUGUUCUAUGUUUCAUGUAUAUGAUCAUUUACCAGCCCUGUCUGUCUUUGCCACAGCACUCAACCUGGCAAGUGUGUGUAAGAGAUACUACUCACUCAUUCUACUAUUCCUAGACCCUGUGUCUCGACACUGCCACUGACGUCCACUCUGAUUUUCAAAACCUCAGCUCAAACACCAACAAACCCUCAGCUUCAUACCAACUGAAACUGGUCAACUGCCUGUAUGGAGAAGAGACCUUCAACUUCUUCCCAGUGAGUUAGACCAGCUCCUUCCCAAAUAUCUAGCAGCAGACAGUAGCCCUGCUGAAUCUCUGCCUUGUUUGUAGCCCUGCUGAAUCUCUCUGCCUUGUUUGCAAAUGUUGUCAUUCCUCUUUCCCCAACUUGACAAUUGUGAAAAUAUAGGAAAUAUUGAUGACCAUUGGAAAUAUUCUGCUAAAAAAUAAAAUAAAAUAAAAUGUUAUUUGUCACAUACACGUGUUUAGCAGAUGUUAUAGCGGGUGUAGCGAAAUGCUUGUGCUUCUAGCUCCGACAGUGCAGUAAUAUCUAACAAGUAAUAUCUAACAAUUUCACAACAUAUACCCAAUACACACAAAACUAGUAAGGAAUGGGAUUUAAGAAUAUAUACAUAUAUGGACAAGCGAUGACAGAGCGGCAUGGACUAAGAUACAGUAGAAUAUUCUAGAAUAGACUCUUUGGUACCAUGCUCGGCUGCUUUACUUUAGAGUGACUCUAUAGGGUGUUUGAUUUUGAACUACCUCCUCUAGGAGUUCAUUGAAGCCACACAGAAGUUCUACCAAUCAGAGCUGAAGGCUGUGGACUUCAUUGGGGCUGCAGAGGAGUCCAGAGCACGAAUCAACAGCUGGGUGGAAAAGAAAACAGACAGUAAGAUGACUGGUGGAACUCAGGAGUGUAAAAUAUAACUAUUGUACGUUUUAAUGUAAGGAUGUGUCCGCUCCAACUACAGAAGUUGGGGGGAUUCAGAUCGAUCGUUGAAGGGAUCAGUGGAUCCGUUCAUUAUUUGUGUUCUUUAUCUACAGAUAAAAUUAAAGCGAUGUUGAAACCUGAAGCUCUAAGCAGCAUGACCAGGUUGGUUCUUGUGAAUGCAAUCUACUUUAAAGCACAGUGGAUAAGUGAGUUCCAUGAAGCCGAUACCAUGGAACAUACCUUUAAAGUCAAUGAGGUGAGAGAACUACAGUGUCUGAAAAUCCUGUAUUUGAGUCAUAAUAAGCAGAGUGUAGAAAAUCCACUGUCUGCAACAAUUGCAUAAUUGCAACCAGCCCCCCCAAAAACAUUUUUUUUGUUCAAGCCAUAAAACUUCUGGAAAUACAGUCCUCAAACAUGGUCCUGGAUUACAUGUGUGUGUAUGUGUCAUUUGUACUGUGAUUAUUGAUGUCUCUUUUGUGUGGUUUCAGAACGAGAAAAGACAGGUGCAGAUGAUGGUUCAAGUCAAGAAGUUACCAUACAACUACAUAUCCCAGUUCAAUCUCCAAAUCCUGGAGCUUCCGUAUAAAGGGGAGGAGCUGAGCAUGUUCUUCCUUCUGCCUGCAGAGUCCAAUGACCCUGAGCAGUUACUGAAUGUAGGUGUAGCCAAAACCACUAUUGACCCAGCCUUUAGCUCAGAGGGCUAUUAGCCUUGAGUUGCGUGGAAGACCAUGGUUCAAUACUCUGUGGAUCAUACACCCACAACUUUUCCAGUAUGAAGCACAGGAUGUUGGUGGCACCUUAAUUGGGGAGGAUGGGCUCGUGGUAAUGGCUGGAGCGGAAUCAGUGGAAUGGUAUCAAAUACAUCAAACAUGGUUUGAUGCCUUUCCAUUUGCUCCGUUCCAGCCAUUAUUAUGAGCCGUCCUCCCCUCAGCAACCUCCACUGGUAUGUAGAUAUAGUGAAAACCUCUGCUGUCAUUUAAUUACUUGGAAAGUAAAACGUCACGAAGAAAUUUCUCUACAAACUGACUAUAAAAACAUAUAUCUUCUUACCUUUUAAAUGCGUUAACAUAAGACUGGCAACAAGGUUCAUAUCCCGCCAAUGUAGAGCUGUGCUGUGUUAUAUACAAUGGAGGCUGCUGAGGGGUGGACGCCUCAUAAUAGUGGCUGGAACGGAGCAAAUUGAAUCAAACACAUUGAAACCAUAUGUUUGAUGUUGUUGAUACCUUUCCAAGUAUUCCGAUCCAGCCAAUUACCACGUGCCCGUCCUCCCCAAUUAAGGUGCCACCAACAUCCUGUGGUUACAUCAUCCCCUGUUUGUUCUGAUUGGUCGUUCCCUACUGUUUGACACAGCUGGGGAGAGCGCUGACACCGAAGAGGAUCCACAAGUGGACCAGACGGCAGAACAUGGGCACGAGGACCAAAGUCCACAUUUCGAUCCCCAAGUUUAAACUGCAAGAGGACUACCAGUUGAACGCACCCCUGGCCUCGCUGGGCAUGGUGGAUGUGUUCGACCAGGACAGAGCAGACCUGUCUGGGAUGAGCGCAGCGAUGGAAGAUAGGCUCUACCUAUCCACUGUAGCCCACAAGGCCUUUGUGGACGUGAACGAGAGAGGCACCGAGGCAGGUGCAUCCACAGAGGCAAAGGGCGUAUCGUACGGUAUCAGUAAUCCACAUUACUUCACGGCAGACCACCCCUUUAUUUUCUUCAUUAGACACAACCAGACCAAAGCCAUUCUGUUUCUGGGCAGGUUCUCCUCACCCGAGGAGAGUGACAGGGAGGGCAGAUCUUUGUUUUGA